AGAAGGGCCAGGGCGGUAUUUGCGCGUGUUUGACUGCGGGGGGGCCGAUUCGGAGGAAAGAUGGCACCUAAAAAGAAGGGAGGAGGAAAGAAGGGAAAAGCUAAAACUUCAGCAAUUGUCGAUGGCAUCCCACCGGAGGAGAUGAACAAGGAGCAGGUGGAGGAACACAUCAUGAGGAUCAGGGAGGAGCUGGACAGGGAAAGGGAGGAACGCAACUACUUUCAGCUGGAGCGAGACAAGAUCCACACCUUCUGGGACAUCACUCGGAGGCAGCUGGAAGAGAAGAAAGCUGAGCUCCGCAACAAGGACCGAGAGAUGGAAGAGGCUGAGGAGAGACAUCAAGUAGAGAUUAAAGUUUACAAACAGAAAGUGAAGCACUUGCUCUACGAGCACCAGAACAACCUGACCGAGAUGAAGGCGGAAGGGACGGUGUCCUUGAAGCUGGCGCAGAAGGAGCACCGGACGCAGGAGAACGAGAUGCGCAAGAACAUGCGCAGCCUCAAGGUGGAGCUCAAGGAGCAGGAGCUGGCCAACGAGGUGGUGAUGAAAAACCUGCGCCUGAAACAUGAUGAGGAAAUCACUCGUAUGAGGAAUGACUUUGAGAGACAAGUACGAGAGAUUGAGGCCAAAUAUGAUAAGAAGAUGAAAAUGCUUCGAGAUGAGCUGGAUCUUCGGAGAAAGACAGAGAUCCAUGAGGUUGAGGAGAGGAAGAAUGGCCAGAUCAACACACUGAUGAAGAACCACGAAAAGGCCUUCAGCGACAUCAAGAACUAUUACAAUGACAUAACCCUGAACAAUCUGGCUCUCAUCAACUCUCUCAAGGAGCAAAUGGAGGACAUGAAAAAGAAGGAGGACCAUUUAGAAAAAGAGAUGGCAGAAGUCAUGAUGCAGAACAAGAGGCUGGCAGAUCCUCUGCAGAAGGCUCGAGAAGAACUGAUGGAACUACAUAGGAGAUUAGUCAACUAUGAAAAGGAUAAACAGGCCCUGACUAGUACAAAAGCCCGUUUGAAAGUCACCGAAAAGGAAUUGAAAGACCUGCAGUGGGAGCACGAAGUGUUAGAGCAGCGGUUCAUCAAGGUACAAGCAGAACGAGAUGAUCUGUAUUCCAAGUUCAAUAAAGCCAUCCUAGAAGUACAGCAGAAAACUGGCUUCAAGAAUCUGAUCCUGGAGCGCAAGCUGGCAACCCUGGCAAAUGUGAUGGAGAGGAAGGAGGUGCAGCUGAACGAAAUCCUCUCAGCCUCCAACCUUGACCCUGAAGCCCUGUCGGUGGUCUCCCGAAAACUGGAGGAUGUUCUGGAAUCUAAAAAUAAUGCUAUCAAGGAGCUGCAAUAUGAACUUGCCCGGGUUUGCAAGGCACACAAUGACUUGCUGCGAACGUAUGAAGCCAAGCUCAUUGCCUUUGGAAUCCCUCUGGAUAACGUGGGGUUCAAACCUCUGGAGACAUCAGUGAUAGGACAGGCCCUGGGGCAUGGCCCAGCCGGACUGGUGUCUACGCCUACGUAGCCUGGAUGGACCUCCACCUGCCCUUCCCUCCCCAGCCACAGACAUCAGAUGCUGCCCACGGCCGAGGAGCUGAAGCUGAGCCAAGCCUCCAGAGGUGUUUGCUCUACGUCACGCCCCCUUUCAUAGACUUAAGGACAGUUAUUUUUAUAAACUCCUCAGCAGAUGACAUUUUAACAAUUCGCCUCCUCGCCUUGUCCUCUGUUUCAAGGCGGCAUUAAAGCGGGCCCAGGCGUAGGGGAGAAGCUAUACUGUGUUUU